AUGCCACAGUUAAGGUCAGGGAAAGUGGUAACUGCUGGUGAAAAAAACAAGGGAAUAAGGUGUAAGAGGGCUGCCAGAUGCAGCAAAGGUAUACCACGACCAAUUUCAGACACUGCUGUAUAUGAGGGGCAGGUAGCGACUACAGAUGAAACAGCAUGCUGGGAAGAGACUGUAAGGAGAGGGAGGGGAAUAGGUCAACAGCACUUUUUCUCAGAAACUACUUUACAAAAUAAAUUCUCAGCAGGGAUUGAAAGGAAAGACCAUAGCUCAGAAGGACCAGAUCUUUCAGGUUUGUGGGAGAGUUCAUGGAGCUCAGGAAAAAAAGGCAAAUAUUCCUUUAUGGAAAUAAAAUUACCAAUCCCAUCCUCAGAGAAGGAAAUUGAGAGCACAGAGAGAUGUGGCAUUUCUUGUUUGCCAGAACCAGAGAUGCUGCAAUUGAGAAAGGGCACAUGUAGUACUGAAAUGAAAAGCACUGACUCCAUAAUGACACCGAAGACAGAAAUCCCAGAUCUUAAUCUGGGGACUCAGGAAUCCUCAUCUGAACCAAAACCUCAGGAAGAGGUAGACACACCAGAGAAGUUGGAUGGCCGUUCUUUAACUGGAUCUAAACCACGAGGGACACAGAAGAAAGGACAGAGGUGCUUGAGCAAGAAAGACAGGCCAUCUUUGUUGGAUCCACAACUACAAAGCCCCAGAGAUGGGGGUAGAUCUGCCUUGUUAGAAGUGUAUCCACAGUCUCCAGAGCCCAAGAGGAGAGCUGCGUGUCUGAGGAUGAGGGACAGAAAUGGACCAGCGUCACAGCAGCUGCAGGGUCUAAGUGGGCAAGGACAGCCAACAACCAGAAGAAAGAUGCCCAAGCAUUGCAUUAAGGAAGAGCUGCAGAGCUCAUACCCUCAGACAGAAGCAGACAGCCUCCAGGAAAGUGCAGAGGAAAAAGGGAAAGCAGUUGAGCAAGACUGUAGUACACAGGCUGCGAAGAAGCUUGAGACAAGUGAAAAAAGAUCAGACGAUUCCAAGGAACCUCACUACUACAAAUCCACAAUUGCUACUUUAGGUGAGACUCCGGGCAAGAGUUUUCUGUGCCAUCCUUUAACAAAAAAGUCUGAUGUGCAAUGUGAAAAAAGGGAACCCACAACUGACCAAUUCAAGAACUUAAAAAGGUUUACUGUGACUACAGCUGAAAAAGUGGGAAAUGUAUCUGCAGAAUGGGAUGCUGAGCAUUGCAGAAACACUGUAAAUCACUGUAAUGGCACGCUCUGCGCAACAAGGAAGAAUCCAUUCGUGAGGUUAGACACCUGUAGUUAUAUCAGUAGAUUAGUGAAGUCCUCAAAUAGUGGAACUACCAGCAGUUACAAAUUCAGUGAAUUUUUCCAUGUAGCCCGACAUAACAGAAAGGAUGUUUUUCCUGAUAGUACUUUAGGACAGAGUGAUAUGAAUUUGAGCAAUAGUAAAAUGCAAAAGGAGACAUCACCCAUAAAAGAUGGUUUAUCCUUUAAUGAAGAAAAAAAUCCAAAUGGAGAAGGAUGUUUUUCAUGCUGUCAGAGUGAAAACAGUAAGUGUUUAUGGGGAAAAAAGUGGGAUAGUGUUAGAAAGCCUAGAAAAAAGAAAAUCACCAAGAAGUCAGCAGCACAGAAUAUUUUCACAGAUGUGGCUAAUGAGUGCACUGAGUGUGACUUAAAAACAGAAGCAGCAGCUGGCACAUCAAGCUCCAUUGCAGUCUUGAGACUGAAUCAUAAAGAAAUGACUUCGUGUGAUCAUAUACCAGAUCUUCAUAUAGUAAAAAAUACUUGUGAAGCAGAAGAUAUAUCAGUCUGGAGAAAGAAUAGUACCAACAUACCUGCAUUUGAAGAUGGAUUUAAAAAGACACCUGAGUGCUCUGUAAUAGAAGAAGGAGAAUUAGACAGUGUGGCACAUCGUUCUGGUGCCUCAGGUAGCCUGAGAGUGCUUGCUCAGGUCCGUGAUUUUUCUAAUUGUCACAAAAAUAAGAUAGAGAAAAAACUGAACAAAGUUAAUAAAAAAUUGCAUCAGUUUUCCUGUCAAAGGACAAUAGCUAUGACUGGUAAAAAUGUUUGGCGUUUUAAAUCUUGUGCCAGGACUUCUGAAUGGGUUCAUAAAAAUCACGGGUCCAUCUCAGAAGGAAGAAGACUUUUAAGGCCUUUUUUCAAGGAAUCCUCUGAUGAAAGCACGAUUAAAACUGUAGGAAACAUUGCUGUGAGUGGGAACGUGAGGUGUUUGGAUUUGCAGGCGACAGAAAUUAACGAAAAGUCUACAUUUAAAAUAAUGGGUCCAAAUACUGAAUGUCUGACUUCACUUCAAAUGCCAGGAUCCUCCUCUAUGCAUAAUUAUGAGACUUUGAGAAUGAGCAGUGCAAAUGUGGAAUCACCAGUCAAUAUGGAUGGAAGUGCCGUGGCUUUUAACCACGAUAAUGUGCAGGAAGCUAAAGCAAACUUGAAUUUUACAACAAAACAAAAAGAUAAAAAUAAAGGAACUCUAACAAAAAGAAAGCUGUCUGCAACAGUCCAGAAUGAUACACCUGCAGGUAACACAGACAGAAUAAACUUCAGCCAUAAAAUGACAGUAGUGAACCAGACAUUUUCUGAUUCAAAGCAAGUGAAAAUAUUAAACACUGGAAACCUGCCAAAAUUCAGUAUUCCUUUAUGCAGAAACAAACCUGAAUCCAGGAGAUUGGAGUCUGUCCGUUCCUGUAGUCCACUGGAGCUUACCAACAGUAGUAGUGUUUCAGGAAGGCAGAAAACAAAUGAAAAGACAUUUUUGGUAAAUUCCAAGCAGCAACUUCUUCCUGUCGUGAGUGAUGCUACAGCUACAGCUUCCAUGCAGAAAGCAGAUACAAUCACCAGUAAGGACUUUCAGCAUGAUGGCUCUGAGAACCUUUCAAAUGACAUAUUUGCACUCCCUGAGCAUUUUCCUGAGAGAGAGUUAGAGUCAUCUGUGCUUGGUUUCUGUGCUACUGAGUGUGUAUUGAAACCUCACUUUGCCGAUCAUUCUCAGAAUGCAGUUGGCCAUCCAGUUGCAUUAGAAAUAAAUGAUGAUAGCAAACCGAGAGAGACUCUUUCACAACACAAAAGUAAAAUUUUUCCAGAUAUUCAUGAAGCUUACGAAGAAGAUGUUCUUGUCAUUGAUGUGAUUGAGGAUGACCCUGACCUUUUUGGAACCAAUAAUGAAGAGGAGCUUUGUCCUGUGAAGGCAUCCUAUGCUAGCAUCUGCAUUAAAGAUGAAAAGCAGGAUCUUAAGCCUCAGGAUCCUCUUAUCUCAGAAAAUAGAGCUUCAGUAGAGGAUAAUUUUAGAAAGAUUACUGUACAAGAAUCUGGAAUGUCAAAUGAUACUGAAAAGUCUUGUCAUUGGAUGGUAAAAGCUGAAAAUAUUAAAACCCACGACUUCUCCAGAGGAAGCAAUCCUAUGGGAGAUAUUGCUGAAGACUUUCUUGAAGAUGGGCAGCUGAGAGGAACAGAUAAGCUUUUAAAGAGUUUUGACAUGGAUAAAAAGUUCAGUUUUGCAGAUGGAGUGCCAGAUGUGAAGCAAGAAAAGAGUGAAGCUGAAAAAAGUGACUGUAAACAUGAAGACCUCACAAACCAUGAAUUGCUCUCAGGAUUGCCAUUGACUGCUCGGAAAGUAGAUGACCUCAGGGAAGCUACAGUGAUGAAACUGCAGAGAACUGAUUACAGAUUUUCAGGAAAUAGUCCUUUACUACUGUUGCAAGAUAAUAAAGAUUUUCAGCCGUGGAAGAUGGCAAAAAGAGAAAUUGCUUGCCACUCAGUUCAGCAGAUCCUCCAGAUGAUGGAAUUGCCCCGUAAAUACUGCAGAUUUUAUUUCAUGACUUUACGUGGGUGUGGAAGAGCAAAAUGUUGGUUUGGGCAUGUUCCUGAACAAGGAGAUGAAAAGAUUUGCAUGACAAUACUUAGGACAUACAUUAGUAUCAAAGAACCAGGCCUUCUAAAACGUGCAGUCCAAAUAUUUGUGGAAUUCUACAGAGAAGGUACUCCUGGUGUGGAUUUUGCUUCUCAAGUGCUGAACGAUCUUCUCAUUUCUUUGCUCAAGAACUCUUUGUUGCAGGAAGUAUUUCAAAUAUUGAAUGUAACUAUGCAAAUCAAUACACUGCCAGCUGUAGAUGUUCUUCUGAAAGUUUUUGAGCAUGUGGCAUCUUUGAACAUAAGAGACGCUGUACCUACAUUAAUCAGUACCUUUUAUAAGUUCAUUGAUGCUGGUAUGUUCCUUGAGUCUGAACAUUUUGACUAUAUUUUAAAGUUUCUUCACCAACUGAAAGUUUCCAGAGAGGAAAUAAAUACUGUUCUGAACAUAAAAUCCAGAUUUCAGGAAAAGCAUCUUGAAAAGAGCUGGCUUUUUGACUUCAACUUGGCAAUGGCUGAAAUUCAGCAUUGCAAGGAAAAAAGUGAUUGGACCAAGCUGGGAGCUCUGUUUAUUCAUGUAAAAAGGGGAUGUGAACAUUUUGGUGAUCUUCAGAAACUGUCUUUAUGUACUGCUGAAAUACUAUGUAAAGAUCUUGAGACACAGAGACCAGGAGUUCCUUUUUGUGAUUUUGCUGAUGCAGUAAUAAAAAAAUCACACCAUAAUGAAGCAGACAGAAUUUUCAUUGGAAGGAUUGGGAUAAGUGUAAUGUAUUCUUAUUUCAAAGCUCUGCAGUGGAUAAAGGGAAGGAAGGUUUUGGAUAAAUUGCAUGAGCUACAGAUAGAUUUUACAGUCUUGAAAGGACUUUCAGGUACAGAGAGGUUAGCAUCAAGAUGUCAAAUUGUUAAUAAAGCUGCAGAAAUUUUUCUUAAAACUGGAAGUUUGGAUGGAGCAAUGCGGGUAUUGAGAGAGUCAAAGUGGACCACGAACACACCGAUGUGGCCCUGUGAUAAAACAGACAUUCUCAAUCGACAUAAUUUGUUGUGUACCCUAGUGCACAGAUACUUGGGGAAGAAUUUAUACAGGCAGGCAUUUGAAGUUCUGCAGAACUUACCAGGUUUUCUAAAUAGUUCUGAUGCUGUAGGUGUUUCUCAGUACAGCUGCCUUUUUAACAAGCUGAUACGUGCCUGUUUUGAGAGCAAGAAUCUUGGGGUCCCAAGUUCUGCAGUAGACUUCAUGCUUUCAAAAAACAUAGCUAUUGAUUUUUUUUUACUUCGAGAAUUAAUCACAGCUUUGGGAAGAAAUUCUUUGUGGUCUAAAGCUAGGACCUAUUACAAAAGUGCUCUGUCAUUGGGUUGCUACCCACCACUGGAAGGAAAUUUGUACCGCAAAACUUUGAUGAUUCCAUCUUACCUGUCUGAAGUUGAGAUGCUGUUGGCCAUUGAAAUACUUCUUGUUUCAAAUGCCAGUGGUAUUCUAAGUCCAAUGACUACUAGUCAGACUCUUCAAAUAAUACUGAAAAGAUCUGAAGACCAGACAGAUCAAAAGAACAGUGACUAUGCAGCAGCAGUGGAGAGACUGAUUCUGGCUGCUCAUCUUUGUGAUCCAAAGCUUUUUCUUAAACAUAUGACAAUGAAUGUUAAUAUGGAAGAAGUUUACACCUUAGAGUUUACAUCUGCUGUAAAAUGGCUUCAGGAGAAUAUGAAAUGGGCUGGGAAGAAAUUCCAUGUGCUAAACAGGACAAAAUUCCAAUCUGGAAUGGAAACAAGCCUGGAAAGAUGAAAAAAACGUGUUGCUAAGAAUGAAGUACAACAGAGACGAGGCAGUUUUGCAGAUCCAGCCUCUCAGUAG